AUAGAAUGAGGGUAAGAACAGGAAGAUGAAGAUCGUGGUAAUUCUAUAAAAGACCAAGUAUCGAUCACCAACUUCUCCGUUCGCUCUUUCUAAUUCAAUAUCAGAAGAGAUAUUGAUCGCCAUCUCGUUUACAUCACUGUAUAUCAUCUUUGAAAUGAAGAACUGAGGCUUAAGUUAUUGGAGGAAACUGAAUUUUCAAUGAAAGGAAGGGUGGCCUAGAAACAGUGGAUAAAUGCGUAGGAUGACAGAUGUAAGAUGGUUCUUUGAAAAUUGAGAGAGAGUAGCUGUCCAGAUUCAAAUUGAUCUGAAACUCCAAGUUGGAGAUUGGGACGAAACUCCUGACUUUUAGUUUUGACUUAACCACAGCUAUAAACCAUCCUUCAACAUAUUUCUAACGGUCGAUCUCCGUCCGACCUGCCAAACCAACAGAAGUAUGGCAUCCUUAUCAGACCAAAAUCUUUUCUAUUACUGUCUUGUAUCUCACUUCCUUCUUGGUCCUCUUACCAUUAUUGGCCUCCAAUUUCUCCAAGCUCCAUAUGGCAAGCACUAUCGUGCAGGAUGGGGUCCGACCUUAUCCGCACCAUUGGCUUGGUUCUUGAUGGAGAGCCCCACCAUUUGGCUUACAUUACUCAUCCUUCCCUUUGGUCAGCACCGAUUCAAUCCCAAAGCUUUAACUCUAAUCUCCGUUUACCUCUUCCACUAUAUUCACCGGACAUGUAUCUACCCUCUUCGCCUCCGUAGAACAUCUGUCCAGAGAUCUAAGAGUGCAAACCGUGUUCCCAUCUUAUUAGCGUUGUUGGCCUUCUGCUACAACCUUCUAAACGCCUAUUUGCAAACAAGGUGGGUCUCACAUUAUGCAAAUUACAGUGAAUUGGGCAACUGGCUGUUUUGGGGCCGGUUUUUGGUGGGGCUGAGAAUUUUCUACUGGGGUAUGAGGAUGAAUGUACAGUCAGAUAUGGAAUUGCUGGCACUGAAAGGAAAUGAUGGAGGAUACAAGAUACCAAAGGGAGGAUGGUUUGAGAGGGUUAGUUGCCCUAAUUACUUCGGAGAAAUUCUUGAGUGGUUCGGUUGGACAUUCAUGACAUGGUCUUGGGCAGGAUUUGCGUUUCUCUUAUACACAUGUGCAAACUUGGUGCCUAGGGCACACGCAAAUCAUCAAUGGUACUUGGAGAAGUUUGGAGCAUAUUAUCCCAAGUCAAGAAAGGCUGUUAUACCCUUUGUGUACUGAAAAACAAAGAGAUGAUCUUUUCUUGUUUUCCUAUAACCAGAGAUGGAUGCAGUCUUGUUUCAUUUU